AAAGAACUGACAGCUCACCAAUGUAGGAAUUGCGAUAAAUAUUUUGAAUUGAUUAUUUCGUAAAGAUUCUGAUUUACUAACAUAAAGAAACCAUUUUUUACAAGAUGAUCGAACUAUCCGCUAAAUUGACUACAGGAACUGUAUAUUUAGCUGGUGAAGCAAUAGAAUGUUGUAUUUCUUUCUGUUAUACAGCUCAACCUGAACACAGGAACUCGCAAAGCCACAGUGACACAUUAGAAAAUCUAGCUUGGGCUUCAGCACAGUUCCAUUGCUUCUAUUCAACGUCAGGGGCUCAAGGUGACAAAACUCCAAUAUUGGGGAAAACAACUUCUUUGGAAGUAGCAGCCUGUGAUGUUGGAGACGCAGUGUUCCACAGUAAACCUAAAAUAUUGUUCUGUGACUUGACUAUACCACUAGGUGAAACGAAAACAUUCUGGUACAGAGAAUCUCUCCCCAUAGAAGCACCGCCAUCAUACAGAGGUACUUCAGUGAAAUACUCAUAUAAAAUAACAAUAGCAACACAAAAAGUGGGGUCUCACAUUAAAAUGGUCAGAAUUCCGUUUAGAGUGUUGCCAAUAAGCCCAAUAAUAAAUAUGCAAGAUCUUGCUGCUUUGUGUGGUAAUGAAACUACUGAGGAACUUCACCCGACUAAUCCAUUUUCUGAGGAGAGGAAAGUGGAGACACCAUUGACUAUGGCAUUGCAGGUUUUACAGAAUUUGACAGCAAGAAGAAGUCCAAAUUCAUACAUGAUAACCAACACCCGAGGAAAAGUAGGCAGGUUCUGCAUGUUUAAAUCAGCAUAUAAACUCGGAGAAGAUAUUGUUGGUACAUUUGAUUUCUCUGUUGGAACAGUUACUUGUAUGCAGGUAUCUGUAUCAUUACAACCCGAAGAAGUAUUGAAAACGAAAUCACCCCCCAAGAAUGUGAACAAAGAGACAAAUAGUAGAUCCAUGACAGUAGCAAGAUAUCAUGAAGUGACAUUGGGCUUGACUCAGUCUCAACUAAUACUACCAAUACCCCUGCACAUAACUCCUGCUUUUGAAGUGGAUGAUGUUUCAUUGCAAUGGCGUCUGUAUUUCGAAUUUGUUACCACUAAUGAAAAACUAGUACCAAAUCCCGAAGAUAAAGACUGGAAUGCUCCAUUGAAUGUUCCCAUCGAAACAAUGGUGUGGAAUUUGCCCGUUAAAAUAUAUUCGACUUUACCAAAAGAAAUUAUGCAUCAUACUGUAGGUACAGAUGCAUAUACAUUAAAUAUUAAAUGAGUCUGUAGUAACAAAAAGGACUUUAAAACACUGUUGUGAUGUUAUCCGUACUUAUCUAUUUGUAUUGGAUGUAAUAAUUAAUAUCACAAUAACCAAUUAGAUAGCAGUUAUUGUAAAUAAAUGGUUUGAUAAAAAAUAAUAAGAUUACUUAUAUUUAUAUAAUAUAUGUACUUAAUAUUAACGUUUUUGCUUUUCUAUAUAUAGGCAUAAAAGUUAAGAAAAUAAUUAAGAUUAUGUCAACAAAAACAUUUUUUUUUGGAUUUGGUAUUAGUCAGCACAUUAAAAUGUCGACAAUUAAGAGCUUUAUUCGUCCGCGAUCACGAAAAUCAAAAGUAUUCAAAACGUCAGAAUAAUAAAGGUGAUAUUAA